GUGUGUGCACACAGGCCGUUGACCCAGGAGGAGAUGGCCCAGCGCAGGGAGCUGGCCAGACAGAGACACACUGAGAGACUGGCAGCCAUUCAGCAGACGGAAAGUGGGGAGGGAAAUGCCCAAUCAGGAAGUACAACACCGGCAACCACUCCUGGUGGAGACAACACCAUAGGUAGUGAGGGUGUCUCAGGCCAAAUGCAGGGCCUGCCUCUGAAGGCUAAACCAGAGGAGGAGGAGGGGAAGGAGACGUUCGUAGCCUUCGCUAGAGUCUACAGCGGGGUGGUCCGCAGAGGACAGAAGGUGUUUGUGAUGGGGCCCAAGUACGACCCUGCUCAAGGCCUGCGCAUGCUCCCAGAGGGCAGUACUAGUGUGAGUGCCUGUCUCCCUCCCGUCCCUCACCUGGCCUGCUGCACCAUGGACAGCCUCUACCUGCUGAUGGGCAGAGAGCUGGAGGAACUAGAAGAGGUGCCAUCAGGGAACGUACUGGGUAGGUACUCAAACACCUACACCUACUUGAAGUGAAUGGUCUUUUGAAAGGUUCAUGCAUAAUAGG